AUGUUCUCUACUUGCUUCGCUAAUACAUUGCAUCGUUUUACAGGUGUCGUAUGCCAUGUCGAACGAAGAGCUUUUUGCAUUAAAGCAGACAACUUUACUCUUUCCAAUUAUGGUAGUUUCAACCCUCAAUUAGGAGCCACUCUUCAUCAACUUGAUUCGUUAGCACCUCGAUUUGAGAUCAAGAGUUCGCAAAUCGAGAUUCUAGAUCACCCCGAUGACUUCUAUACCACUCUCAAAAACAAGAUUCGGGCAGCUCAAUCCAGGGUCUUUUUAUCGUCACUUUACAUUGGAAACCAUCAAAAUGAAUUGGUUGCUUGUAUAGCGGACGCUAUGCAGAAGACUCCCAAGCUACAAGUGAAAAUUCUAUUAGAUUGCCUUCGUUCAACACGUGACUCGCCUGAUGAUUCGACUGCCAGUUUGUUGGCUCCGUUGGUAUCUCGAUUUGGGGAUAGAAUUGACGUUCGAUUAUAUCAUACUCCUAAACUACAUGGGCUUCUCAAAAUGUUGAUACCCAAACGGUUCAACGAAGGUUUCGGAUUGCAACAUAUGAAAAUUUAUGGCUUUGAUGAUCAGGUGAUGCUUAGUGGUGCCAAUCUUUCGCAAGAUUACUUCACUAAUCGUCAAGAUAGAUACUAUAUCUUUAGUUCCAAGCCGAUGUCUGACUAUUAUCUUGGUGUUCAAGAUGCUGUUAGUUCGCUUAGUUACCAAUUAUUGCCUGCUGAUAAUAAGCAGAAGUAUUUAUUGCGGUGGAACUCUUCAAACAAGGCUUCUGAGCCUCUUCUUAAUGUGGAAAGAUACAUUAAAGAUUGUAAUAGAGUGUUGAAUCCAGUGUUAAAGUCUCAUUGUGGCAGUACUUUAUUAGAGCUACAUGAGACAGCUCCUGAUACCGUUGUCUAUGCUGUUUCUUCGUUUACUCCUCUUUUAGAACCAGAUUUCAGUACAGAAAAACCGGCGAUUCUUCGGAUCUUGUCGUUUUUGGACGACAAAUCGGCAAGCUUCACCUUUACUGCCGGUUAUUUCAACAUGCAUCGAGAUAUUCUGGAUAGAAUAUGUCAUUCUCAGGCAUCCGGUAAUAUCAUAACGGCAGCACCUGAAGCGAACUCUUUCUAUAAAUCCAAGGGUGUCUCCAGAUACGUUCCUCCUGCAUAUCUAUACAAUGCCAAGAAGUUUUUGGAAAAAGUCACUAAAGCAGGAAGAGGAGAUAAAGUUCGACUUCUAGAAUGGCAGAAUGGUAUCAUUCAUCAGCCUAAUGGUUGGUCUUACCAUGCCAAGGGUAUUUGGAUCAAUCUGCCUGGUGAAAGUGAACCGAGUAUCACAGUGAUAGGCUCUUCGAACUACACUAAACGGGCUUAUUCACUAGACUUGGAGAUUAAUGCAAUAGUAAUUACUAAGGACUCGGAAUUAAAGGCCAAAAUGAAAAAGGAGGUGGACCACUUGUGCAAACAUACUUCAGUCAUGACUCUUAAAGAUUUUCAAAGGCAUGAUAGACACAUAAGUCCAGGAGUCAAAGUGGCGGCUACCGUACUAGGUAAUAUGUUGUAG